AUGGACUGUGACCUCGAGACUGCUUUCCCGACUGCACUCCUUGUCCACGAUGGCUUGCAGGCGACGACGCUGCGUCAGCUUGCGCCCGAGACCAACCUUCGCGUUGUGGCAUUCGUGGAUCGUACGGCAGACGUGCAACAAGCUGCGCACACGCUCUUAUCAGCCCGCACAAGCUUCGGCACUCGCUCUGCAUAUGCUCCCGACCUGAUCCUAGUCAAUGCAUUCGUCCACGAAAACUUCCUGAAGCACGUAGAGGCCUUCCUUACAGAGUCCAAGUCGGAGUACCGGGACAAGAUUCGCGUCGAGGUACGGAAACUGACUGGUCUAGCCAAAAACCGUGUCGAAAAGUCUAGCGCCAGCGUCCACAUGUGUCCAGAUGCCGCAAAUGACAUCGCACAAAGACCCAAGACAGCGCGCGAAGCCCUCGACAAUGACCAGGAACCUGGGCUCCUCAAUAUCUCUCCUAUGACUAGCAUCGACGACGGCAUCGACUUCCUGUCGACAGGCUUGCGCCAGCCCUAUCAAGCCUUGUACAUCUUCUCGGACGCAAAAUCCGCCAACUAUAUCUCGCAACAUCUGUCGGCUGAGGCGACUUUCGUCAACCGUAUGCCCGAAGCACUUCUGCUUGGCCCUCCGGCGCCCUUCUCUCCAAGUCAACCAAUCUCCAUCCAUCAUCGCUACACACCUGUCAUGUUUACAGAGGCCCGACCAGCAUGGACUGCGAACGCGAAGCGCCGGGAGCACACAGAACCGGUAUGCUCGCUUCAACAGGCACUCGCGCCUUUGCCACCCAAUGGUCGCCCUUUGUACGAGGUAUCUGUAGGCUUCUUCGAGCAAGGCAUAUUUAUUGGACUCGGAAUGUUCGGAGUUCCGAUACUGGUAACGCUGGGUGUUGGGGUGGUGCCUGGAGUAAAGUAUCUGCUACUGCGAUGA